GAUGCAUCGAACAAACUCCGUACUAUUCAACUGUUUGAUGCUUUCCACCGUCCAGAUGUUGCAAAUUAAGUGCUUCAUAUGCUCUUUAUUUUUUAGAAAUUUAAUAAUUUAGCAAUUGUUUUUGUUAAUUUACUUGAACGGAUACUAAUGAAGAUGAUACUACGUAAGAUCAUCUAAAUGCAUAAAAGUGAAUUAGGAUAUCAGAUAAUCGAGACCUAAUUUAAAAGUACAAAAUAGGGUCGGAUCAAAUACUUCCAACGUGUUGAAACAUCUGGAAACGUGUUGAAAGUUCACGAAUCGAACCCAACGCGUUCGUACUCGCCACCGACUCAGAAGUCGGAAAUUAAACUACUCCUUGUAUAGAAAAAUCGAAAGGCUUUUCAGAUUCAAUCAUCAAACCAAACCUGUUCGAUCGACUUCGCCCCGGUUCGAAGUUCGCCCGCCAUGGCCGCCGUGUCGUGCCGGUGCAGCAGCGUGGUGUUCGUCGGCAACGUCUCGUACCGGGCCACCGAGGCGGAGCUCCGCGACGCGUGCGAGGAGAUCGGCCCCGUCGAGUCGCUCCGCCUCGCCGUCGACGAGGACGCCGGCAACCGGCGGAGGGGCUUCGCGUUCGUCGAGUACCUCGACGACGAGACCGCCCGCAGCGCGUGCCGCAACCUCGACCGCCGCGCCCUCCGCGGCCGCGCGCUCCGCGUCGACCUCGCCGACCUGGGCUGCGGCGGCGGCGGGGGCGAGACGGACUAGCCAGUGGGCGUCGAGGACGCCACGCACGCGGCGUCGCUCGUCAACGGCGCGCCACCCAGCGCCGCCGUCACGGCGUACCUCGCCGGGCUGAACCGGCGGCAGCUGCGCGAGACGGUGGACGCGGUGGAGGCGCAGGGGGACGCCGCCGUGGAGGAGAUGAAGCGGGCGUACGCGGGGCUCGCCACGCUGCUCGAGCAGGCAAGGAUACUGCUCGACAUGGCCGACGCCGACGCCGCCGCCGCGGCGGCGAAGCGCAAGAAGCGCGGCGCGAGGGAUCACCACCACGGCCGUGAGGCCCAGCUUGCGUCAAAGCUGAGGAAGCUGAACGAUGGCAAGCCCAGCACAUCCAUGGCGUUUGUACUGUAGCUAGUCGUUCACAACCCAAUCGCAGCCCAUGGGCCGGUUUCAGCUGGGCCGGCCCAAGCACAGAGAAUUUCACCGGCAUCCUGCACAACGAGAUGGCACGGCCGAGAUGACUACCGAUAGAGUAAAACGUGCUCGGUUAAACACGAUUCGCCAUUUCGCCCCCACGUCGGCCCGCAGAUCGUACGAGGUCUCUCCACGACACACAUUUGCAUUAGCCACUGCACACAAAACCAUAUGUGCACAGCAAAAAGAUCAACUGGAGGCAAUGGGUGGAUUUUGCCGACAUGUGGGCGUUUAUUUUCCUUGGACAAGAUCAGUGCUUUCCACGGUAGCAGAUCUAGAUCCACAGGUAUAAUGCAUUUGCAUAUGGUCACAACAAUGUCAGGUCUUUAUGAAACACGCGCCUCUGCAAGACUGCAACAUACAGCCUUCACAAACGUACAACCUGCGUUUAAUUUCGGCCUUAAGCCACAGAAUGUUAACGAUUCUAUCUACCAACUGUAACUGCAUAUAGCCACAUUCAUGACUGAUAAGAUAAUUUCAGAUAAAAGUAGUAGAUGAAAUUUGAGCUAUUUAAUCAUGUAUUAAGUUAAAAAAGUUGAAAUAUCUUAUAGUAUAUGAAAUGGAAGUAGUAUAGGAGUCCGCAUAACAUUGUGAUAGGAAUAGACAAAGGUAAAAUUGCUCAAGACUUCAAACCUACUCCCAAAAUAAGCAAACGUAAAAUAAGAUGGAAAAUAACCUAGUAUAAAGAAUCUGGAUAUGGCUAUAUCUUAUCAUAUUUUAGGUUUCUUUAUUUUGGAAAAAAAAAGUUUUGGGCUCAUUUGAAUUGCAGGAACGAAAAAAAAUAAAGCAAUAGAAAAAACAUAUGGUUCUGACAGAAAUGCAAGUGUAAAACUAUAAUUAUAAAAUACAAAAAAAAACAUAUGAAUAACUAUUAAAAUUACAUAAAUUUGAGAAGAGAUAAAGACUUAAAGGAAACUUCCCAUAAGAUUCUACCUCUUAAAUUUCCUCCAAAACUUACAUGAAAUGAGACA